AUGUUUGGCUUUGAUUCGGUAUCUCGUAUGACUUUCAUGCGAUUUUUACCGAAAACCUAUUCGUAUCUAAUUAAAGAACUUGGUGCUAUUGUUAUGAAAGGCUACAAUAUUGUCGGUGAUGGUACGCCAGCAGCACUUUUUCCUAUUCUGACCGGACAAACAGAACGCGAACUACCCGAAUCACGACGAGGCUAUGCAGGUGCUCAAACUGUCGAUGAUUUUCCUUGGAUUUGGAAACAAUUCAGAGAUAAUGGUUAUGUGACACAAUGGGCUGAAGAUAUGCAGAAUGUUGGUACAUUUCAAUAUCGUCUAUUAGGUUUUCGUAAUCCACCCGUGGAUCAUUUCGGUCGUCCUUUCUAUAGGUUUGCAGAACCACAGAAAACGUCGAGGCCACAUUGUUUUGGUUCGAUCACUCGUCUCCAAGCGAUGUUCGAUUGGAUUCGCAAUCUCUUCGAUAUGUAUCGUCAUCAACCAAAAUUUUCGUAUCUAUUCCAUUCCCAUUAUUCACAUGAUUCUAAUAAUCGUUUACCGUACGCUGAUAACGAACUCUUAGCUUUUCUUCAAAUGAUGCAAACAAAUGGGUAUUUAGAUCACACGAUGCUCGUCAUUAUGACUGAUCAUGGUGCUCGGUUCGCAUCAUUGAGAAAGACUUAUCAAGGCAAAUUGGAAGAACGUUUACCUUUUAUGUCCAUUCGAAUGCCACCUAAGUUUCAAGCACAAUAUCCAACAAUUAUGAGAAAUUUACGUUUGAAUUCACAUCGAUUGACAACACCGUUUGAUAUUCAUGAAACAUUCGAACAUCUUUUCGACUUUCAUUCGAACGAUCAUUAUCAAUCGAAAUCGAACCGUUCAAUCAGUUUAUUCGAAUUAGUGCCUGAAAAUCGAACUUGUGCACAAGCUGAUGUAGCGCAACAUUGGUGUGCUUGUUAUAAUUGGCAGGACAUAUCGACUAAUGAACUAAUCAUUCAGCAGUAUAGUCAAGCUGUCGUUGAUUUUCUGAAUAAGUUCGCGUCAGAAUACAAACAAGAAUGUGCUACCCUUAGUCUAUUUCGAGUAAACAAAGCUAGUCAGUUAAAAAACGAUGAUCAUCGUUCGAACUCUAUUCAUUCAAACGAUAAAAACAGCUCGUUACAUCAGACAAAUGAAAGCAGAUUCUAUCAGAUUCAAUUUGAAACAAAGCCCGGUGAAGCUCGAUUUGAAGUGACAGCUGGAUAUGAUCCAAAGACAAAAACAUUCGAUAUUCAACGACGGCAUCUUAGUCGAACGAAUAAGUAUGGCGAAACGUCGGCUUGUAUUGCUCAAAAACGACCAGACUUGCGAGAAAUUUGUUACUGUUCGAGUUUGUUAAUUAACACAACUAUUCCUAGUACUACUAUAGAUAUGAAUAAUAAAAUAAAAACAAUGAUAGGGGACACAGUUGUGAAUACUAGCAGUGUUCAUCCCUAA